CACACAACACCUGUCAGGAGUUCAGCCCACAUAACCACCCGAAAGCUUCAGUCUCUGCACACAUCCAAGGAAGUGUUCUUACAGUACGAGUAUCACUGGAUCUACAGUAUCCUGCUCGCAGCCGUCAGCUGAAAAACAAACAACAUUUCCAGCCAACAUUCUGAACGGUGUGAACCCUCCACAUUUGUGUGUGCGAGGGCGAGAAAUUGAGUGAGAAAAGCACGAAAGAAAAAUAGGUGCACAAACCAGCCUCGCGUCAUAUCAAGCCGACAAUGGUUUUAAAGAAACUUCUGAGUCUGGGCAAGCAGCUGCUGAGAGUGAAGGUUGUGGAUUGCAACUCAGAAGAGUCAAGGCUUUCUCGAUGUCUGAACACUUUUGAUCUGGUUGCCCUGGGCGUGGGCAGCACCCUCGGGGCAGGGGUGUACGUCCUCGCCGGGGCAGUCGCUCGAGAAAAUGCCGGACCGGCCAUCGUGCUGUCGUUUCUCAUCGCAGCUCUUGCAUCGGUGCUUGCUGGCCUGUGCUAUGCAGAGUUUGGGGCGAGAGUGCCCAAAACGGGCUCGGCGUACCUGUACAGCUACGUCACCGUAGGGGAAUUAUGGGCGUUUAUAACUGGCUGGAACCUGAUACUUUCAUAUGUUAUAGGUACCUCAAGUGUCGCCCGUGCUUGGAGUGCCACAUUUGAUGAGCUGAUUGGAAAACAUAUUGAGAAUUUCUGCCGUCAGUACAUGACCAUGAACGCCCCAGGCCUUCUGGCUGAGUACCCAGAUAUGUUCGCUGUUUUAAUCAUCCUCACUUUGACAGGCCUGCUGGCCUUCGGGGUUAAGGAGUCGGCCAUGGUCAAUAAAGUGUUCACCUGCAUCAACGUUCUGGUACUUAUUUUUAUGGUCAUAUCUGGACUGGUAAAAGGAACACUGAAGAAUUGGAGUCUGAACCCUGAUGAGAUUCGGAACGGAACCAAUUCCAGUCUUAAUUCCACAGGGCCCGUGUUAUCAGAAGAGGUUCUUGGUGAGGGAGGUUUUAUGCCUUUUGGCUUCACAGGGGUCUUGUCAGGGGCAGCUACCUGCUUUUAUGCCUUCGUGGGGUUCGACUGCAUCGCCACAACAGGCGAGGAGGUGAAAAACCCUCAGCGUGCCAUUCCUAUCGGGAUCGUCUCCUCCCUUCUCAUCUGCUUUGUGGCGUAUUUUGGAGUGUCUGCUGCCCUCACCAUGAUGAUGCCGUACUACAUGCUGGAUAAAAACAGCCCUCUGCCUGCGGCCUUUACGUACGUCGGCUGGGAGGGAGCCACUUACGCUGUGGCGGUAGGCUCUCUCUGUGCCCUUUCCACCAGCUUGCUUGGCGCCAUGUUCCCCAUGCCCCGUGUCCUCUGGGCAAUGGCUGCCGAUGGCCUGCUCUUCAAAUACAUGGCUGGAAUCAGCGAGAGAACCAAAACACCUCUACUCGCCACUGUAACAGCAGGCUUUCUUGCAGCUAUCAUGGCUUUCCUCUUUGAUCUGAAGGACUUGGUGGAUCUGAUGUCUAUAGGAACACUUCUGGCCUACACGCUGGUUGCCGCCUGCGUUCUGGUACUCAGGUACCAGCCCGAGCAUUUCAGUCAGAUGUAUCAUGUAGCGAACACACAGGACGAGAUGGAGAUGAGCGAGUCCAUAAGUACACCUAGUUUAGGGAUUUUACCCGGCAUAGAGGAGCGUUUCAGCUUCAGAAACCUGCUGUUCCCAGAUGUCACAGAACCAUCCAACCUGUCCGGCUUCACGGUUAAAGUCUGUACGAGUUUCCUCGGUGUGAUGAUUCUUACCUUCAGCAUGUUAGCUGUUCUUGGAGGGACUGCAGUUUGGAAUAUCAUCUCUCUUGUUGUGCUGUUCUGUCUGUGUCUCAUUGUUACGUUUAUCAUCUGGAGACAACCGGAGAGCAAAACCAAGCUGUCUUUUAAGGUUCCUUUACUUCCUUUCAUCCCAGUGGUCAGCAUGUUUGUAAACGUGUACCUCAUGAUGCAGCUAGACAGAGGCACCUGGAUCAGAUUCGCCAUCUGGAUGUCUAUAGGACUUAUAAUCUACUUUGGCUAUGGAAUCUGGCACAGCACUGAAGCUGCGCUGGCCCAUUCCAGUAUUGAGGAGGAACUUGACGUGUACAAACCCACCUGCAGUAUAAACAGGGACUCGGUGACCCCAGAGAAGGAAGCUUUUCUCUGUAAUGGACACGAAUCGAGGUUGGAUGAGGACGGAGAUAUUUAAGAGUGUGGAACAGUGUUACGUUGUUUACUAGAACUUUACAUGAAAGCACAAGGAUCUGGAGCGCUAUGGCUUAGAUAACUGUCACUUUCUGGUGAUAGAGUCUGAGGGGCUCUGUUUAGGGGCACCGGGUGGUUGGAAACAGUAUUUUCACUCAAGGGUUUUGUUUUCUACUUCACAUAUCUUGAAGAAACCAAAUCAGGCACAGGACUUUUUAAUCGGGUGGCUGUAGGGAAACAAAUAUAUGUUGAGCAAACAAACAGUGUUUUAGUUUAAUAGCUGCUUUUGUGAUCUAGUGAACUUGUGCCUUUUUUCCUACGAAGCAAAAUGUGCGAUUUCAGUCUUUGAGGGUUUAUAAAUGUCAACCCUGAGAAAAGAAGGAAAAAUGGUUUCAAGUCACGCUUAGUGUUUCUGCUUCAUCUGUAGUACUGUGUUGCGUCUCUGAGGCCACAUUUACAUUAGAAACCUCUGCUGGUUUAAACCGCCCUAAUCUAGAAUUGGGAGGUUUUACCGGUUUACCCACAAUAGACCUUUAGGUUUUAGGGCCACCUGGUGGUGUGGUAGAAAAUUGCAAUUGUAGUAAGUUGUUUCACAGUGCUGGCUACUGUGUUUGGUGCAAAUGUAGUCUGCAGUUUAGGAAAUGUAGGGCUGUUUUGGUCAUUAAUGUGUUUGCACAUAUUGUGUCCACAUAUAUACAUGUAGGUAAAGAUACACAAGUAUACACAGAGGUAUUGGGACGCCCCUUCUGAUAAAAUUCCAGUAAUUCCAAUGAAAAACCAUUUUAAUGAUAUGCCCUACAAUAUAAUAAUGAAGAAUUUUGUUUCCAUUUUGGAGGAGUCUUCUUCUGUUCUGUUUGUUUUGGGCACAUGAAAAUAACUAAAGUAGUCAAACUUGUAUAUAAGAAUGGGUGUCCCAAUACUUUUGUCCAUAUAGUAUAUGAAAUGUAAAAAUUUGACUAAAGAGGGUAAGGGAUUUAUCAUGGGAAUGCUUAGAUGCGUAUUUAGAAAUAUCUGAAUUUAUUUUGGCACGCAGGUGAACUUGUGUAUGUAAGUGAUACCAAGUGAAGAUCUGAAGAACUGAAGAUACACAAGAUUUCCUAUAUUCCAAUCAGUUUGCUCAGGGGCAUGAUUGACAUCUGUCCAAACCAGUCAAGUGUCGCUUUGACCCUUUGUAGAAUUGCCAUAAAACAUUUCAUUAACCAAUCUGAUCUCAGGGUUAUUUAGUUAAAAUAAACAGUUCUUCUUGAGUUCAUAUGGUCAUGUAAGGCAGCACAUAUGUGUACGCUGACAAUCCCUCAAUCUGAAAGUCAUGACUCUUCACAAUGAAUAUUCUGCAUAUUUUAUUGAGUUUUUAUUCCAGGCAGGAAAUGAUUUGUAAAUAGCAAAAUAAUACUCUGGGUAAUGCUGAAAGCUGAACGUCCAGAGGCGUAGUUCAUGUUUUGGUUACAUUGACUUAAAUAGAUUCAAAUGUUUUCUUGUAAUGUGUGAUUAUGUUGCUGAAUCUUUGUGUAGAGAAGGUGAAACAUGUUCACGUGGUUCUUUUGAACUCUCAAAACCUUGAAAUUACAAUUGAACAACCGUUACUUUAUGGCUAUGCACCUUCAACAAAGUUACGUAAUUAAAUGUGCAUAAAUAACAUAAAUAAUACAAUUUGCAAUAAAAUCUAUAAUAAAUUGAAAUAAAGAAAUCUGAAUUUAUUAUACAUAUACUGUCUAUAACACUUCAUAUUUUUGUAGAAAACAAGACAUGACAAUUUAUGCAUGGUGAAAAACCUGCUAUGUGUUCACUCUAAAGUUGUUGUCAUAUUUUGUGUGCUUAUUUUGGACCAGAAUGUGCUGCAUCCGGUGUACAUAAUAUCUCCUCUCUGGACUGGUUUAAUCUGUAGCAUGUCUUUACUGUAAAUUACUGUUACCUUGUUUUAUUGUGUAGCUGUAAAUAAAAAAUACAUUUUGGAA